AUUACAUUCACUUUUAGUCUAUAGUUAUAGAUUAUAGGUGAAACAUGAAGUUCGCACUAGUUUUAGUUGGACUUGUGGUGGUAAUCCAAUAUGUGACCGCCGGUUGCCACACGUGCGGCCACUCCCCCUGCGGCUGCGGCUGCGGCCUGGAGGGCAGCGGCGAGGACAUGUGCCGCGGCACGAAACGCUGCGUGCCGAUGGUAGUGCGCCCGCAGGCGUUAGAGACUCCCAAGUUCGCCGCCCCUGCCUUCGAGCCCGUGUCCAGCCCUUGCGCCUGCAAGAAGGCUAUCGUGAAGCCCGCGGUGCUGCCCAAGCCCGUGUGCCGCCCGCAGAUCCCGACAUGCGUCGUUGACAGCUGUCAUCACAGCCACCACAACGUCCACCACUCCACCUCCUCUUCGUGCUGCCACCACCAUGUCGCCGGCUGCUGCGGCCCCACUGUCCACGACAUCCAAAAUGGAGCGUGCGGCCACUUGCACCACGGUCACGGCCACGGCCAAUACGCUCAUGGCCACGGCCACGGCACGUGCGCACCCGCUGACGCCGUCUCCCUCUCCUUGGCAUACAAGAUGGCGCAGCAGGCCAACUACAACUCCAUGGCGAACGAGGACAAGCUGAACUUCGGAUUCAGGAAGAUACCGCAGGAGAUUCCGGUCAAGAGGAUAAUCCACAACAACGUCCCAGAAGAGAAGAUCUUCAGCUUGAACGGCCAAAUCGUCGAACUGAAACCAGUGAAAGCCGCAUGCUGCAAAUCUUUAGCAGAAGAAGCUGCCGAAGACCUUCUUGCUCUUCAAGACGAAGAAGAAGAAAAUGCACGAAAUGGUGAAGCCACUGGUGUGAGGAGAGUCAGCUUGGGAGAGCUGGGAUAUGCACCUGCCAAACCCACAAGGGCUGCGGCUGCUGCAGCUGCCCCAACUACAAGGUCAUCCCCGGAAACGUCAACUUCAAGGUGCUCCCCAAGCCCCAGCAGCUGGUGUUCACCCCCCCUCCGACACCCGACAGCUGCGAGUCUGCCGAAGCUUGCAUUUCUGACGAGGAGCCCAGCUGCCAAUGCUCAUGCGUGCCAGUGUGUGUCAAGAAACACCACAGCAGCUGCUGUCACAAGAAAACCCUCUCUAUCUCGAAGUAUUUGUGAUGAGUUCGGUGACGUUUGCGAGAUAUUGUUUCGUGCGGCUUCUUUUCAUUGUUUGUUUUCUUUGUUUUUGUUUUGUUCUGGUUUCGUUUUUGUUCUUGUGUUUGUAGUUUUCUUCCCGUUUGUUUCAUUUUUUUCUAAAUAGUUCAUUAUUGUUUUAUUAUUUCAAAAACUCAUAUAUUGUUUUUUUUUUUCAAUAGUUUAGCUAUGUAACCUUGUUAUUAACUUUAACUUUUUUUUAGAUCAAUGAACUCUUUCAUUGUUUUCGAAAUUCUUAUCAUACCUAUACAAAAUUAUUUGAAUCAAAUAUUGGUACCUAAUUAUUAUAACUCAAUUUUUCUUUGUUGUACUGAAAAACGUUCAUUUCCUUCUGUAACUGACAUUUUUACAAGCCAAAUUUCUCUUUUCUCAAUUUACUAGUCUGUGAUAUUUUCGAUAAUAUUUUUAUUAGUUUGUCAUAUUAUUUGAAUGAUCUUGAUCUGUUCAUCCUCAUGACUGAAUUGUAUAUUUUUAAAUUAGAUUUAUUUUAUUGAUAAUGUAUUUUUGCGCAAAAUUACAAGAUUUCCCGACUGUGAUUUAAUUUUAAGUUUGUUUUUGUAUUUCAAUUAUUUUUUACUUUUAUUUUAUGUUAUUGUUUGCCCAAGGAGCAAUAAAAUCUGUAUCUC